CCAGCAGCCACUUCAGGUCAUGACUAAAUGAGACAAAAGCUACAUAUGUUGUUAGCUUCAUCGGGGCUAUCGCCUAAAGUGACCGGGUAUACAGUAGUUGUGUUCCUACAAUUCUAUUCCACACGACAGUCUAAAGUAUGUGGCUAUCCUGAUGGGUAAAUCAUCCAUUUGAUUUUCUUCAUCUGUGUCCAUUAAAAAGGUUGUGUGGCUGGGAACAGAAUGGAUGUGGCCUAGUCCAUUUAAUCAGCCCACUAACCCUGCUGGUUUCCAUGUGGACUGGAAAUACCUGUCGGCAGCUGAUUAUCUAUUCUGAUUGCAGUAGUGAAGAGGACUGGUGGAGACCAGCUGCUGUUUCAUAUUGACUGGAAAUGCGUCGCAACAGUACAUCAAACGUCUUUGUUGGAAAUGCUGGUAUGGGAGGCCGUGAUGGCUACCAGAAAAGUUCUGCCUUUUCAAAAGUUGAGGCUCUGGUUCAGUCCAAUCUACUCAUGCCACCACAGCAGAUGCAAAGAACAGUACUUGGAGUCAUCAGUGAAAACGAUCAGCGCCGGAGGUCACUUAGCAUGGGUGCUAUCACAACAAAAGCUGCAUCUGGCAUGGAGAAUGUGUUUCCUCUUGCUGGCAAGAUCUUCUCCGCUAGCGCAGCUAAUAUGGCUGUCCCCAAGCCCUGCUUUACUAUAUAUGUGGAUGAAGCAGAAGAUAAACAAGACGUAGAACUUCCAAGUCUGGAAGAAUCUGAGGCCAAUGUAUUGAAGCAGAAGUUCCACCUACUACUUGAUGUCAGUGCAGCAUCCCCAAUGAUGAUGGAAACUUCUAUACAAAGUCAACCUGAAGAGGAAGCUUCUGAAACGGACCCAGAUGCUGCUGCAGUGGCAGAAUACAUUGAUGAGAUUCAUCGCUAUCUGCGUGAGGCUGAAAUUAAACACAGACCAAAGCCAUACUACAUGAGAAAGCAACCUGACAUCACUUCAGCUAUGAGGACCAUAUUGGUGGAUUGGCUUGCUGAAGUACAAGAAGAGUACAAGCUUCGUAAUGAAACGCUGUUUCUUGCAAUCAACUACUUGGACCGAUUCCUGUCUUGUAUGUCUGUACUCAGGGGGAAGCUGCAGCUUGUUGGAACUGCAUCUAUUCUCCUGGCAUCCAAAUACGAAGAGAUCUAUCCACCAGAUAUAGAUGAGUUUGUGUAUAUUACUGAUGAUACCUAUACAAAGAAACAGCUCCUGCGCAUGGAACACCUGCUGCUUAAGGUGUUGGCCUUUGAUCUGACUGUCCCUACAAUCAACCAGUUCCUUCUGCAGUAUCUCUACAAGCAUAAUGGUGGCACAAAGGUUGAACACCUUGCAAUGUACAUGGCAGAGCUUACACUACUUCAGGAGGAGCCUUUCUUGAAGUAUCUUCCUUCAAUAACUGCAGCUGCUGCCUAUGGUCUUGCCAACUACACAAUAAACAAAGCUUUCUGGCCUGAAAAGCUCCAAGUCUUCACUGGCUACAGUUUAAGUGACUUGGCACCUUGUCUAGCUGACUUGCACAGAGCCUGCCUGAAAGCACCCGGUCAAGCACAACAAGCCAUUAGAGAGAAAUUUAAGACUCCCAAGUAUAUGCAGGCUUCCCUCACGACCCUUCCUGCUACUCUUCCUCUAUGACUGAAGAACCAACAGCUUGCAUAGCACUUAUUGUAGCUCAAGAUCAACAGUGUUGAUCUGUUUUAGAUGGACACUGCUGGCCAAGUGUCCGGCUUUUAACUUUGGACUCUUGUAUAGUGACAUAUUAAACUUUUAGCCUAACAUUUUAACUUAUUGAUGUAACUAUAAUACAGCUGUAGAAGUGGUAGACAUCUGGUCAGAGCGACUCCAUAAAUCUGACUGAACUUUACUUGGAGUGGGCAGGCUGCUCUGACCAGACGUGUCACUGGUUAUAGGAAAGCUGGGUUAUCACUUGGUGGCUCAUGCUUUAUUAAACUGAUGCAAUGUCUAACAUGGCAAGUAAGAGUAAAUUAACUUGAUGAAUGUAACUGAGUACAAUGGGAUCUCACUGUUGGUGCCAUUGAGACUCUUAAUAAACUUUUCACUUCUGCAA